AUGAUGUUGACGGUGGCAAAAGGACCAACAACUUAUGAGGAAAUCAGGACCGUGGAUAACAUCCAGUAUGAUACAUUCAGAGAUGCAUGCUUUGCAAUGGGAUUUCUUGAAGACGACAAAGAAUACAUAGCUGCUAUAAAGGAGGCAAGUCAUUGGGGGAAUGGUCAUUUUCUUCGAAAACUGUUUGUUAUCAUGCUUUUGUCUGGUGCUGUUAAUCGCCCUGCACAUGUUUGGGAACAAACUUGGCUCCUAUUAUCUGAUGAAUUGGUCCUCACACAAGAAGAGUUGCAAAAUUUGACUUUAAUAGAAAUUGAGAAACUGCUUCAAGCAAAUAGAAGGACACUAAAGGAUUUUAGUCCUAUUCCAUAUCCGGAUGCUUAUGUUCUUGAACAGUUGGGAAACAGGCUCAUAUAUGAUGAGCGUAAUUAUGAUACAGCGUCAAUGAACUCAGAAUUUGAAAAUCUGUUUGCUGCUCUUACAGAUGAGCAAAGAGGUAUUUAUGAAAAAAUCAUCCACGCUGUGGAGUCUCAGAAACCUGUCGUUUUCUUCCUUCAUGGUUAUGGUGGUACCGGAAAGACAUAUAUGUGGAGAACACUCGCAGCAGCUUUAAGAUCAAAACACGAUAUAUGUUUAACUGUUGCAACUAGCGGUAUAGCAUCAUUGUUACUUCCAGGAGGUAGAACUGCACAUUCAAAGUUCAGGAUACCGGUACCAACUAUGGACAAUUCUACUUGCAAGGUUGAAUUCAACGAUGAUGUUGCAGACAUGUUACGACAGACAAAGCUUAUAAUAUGGGAUGAGGCACCAAUGGCGCAUAAGUAUGCAAUAGAAUCGCUUGACAGAACUUUGAAAGAUAUUAUGAGUGCAAACAAAAAUUUAACUGAUGUAUUUGGUGGAAAGGUUGUUGUUUUCGGUGGCGAUUUCAGACAGAUUUUACCUGUCGUCCCCAGAGGCAGUCGUUUUGAUAUUGUACACUUCAACAAUGCAGGAGAGAUUCGUGACUACUAUAGCGCAAAUUCAGUUGACAAGUCUGAGAUUCAUGACCCAGCAGUAGUUGAUAUCCUCACGCCAGAAUUUCUAAGUUCCCUCCUAACAUCAGGUUUGCCAAACCAUCACUUAAAACUAAAGGUUGGGACACCUAUAAUGCUCAUGAGAAAUAUAGAUCAAUCUGAAGGUUUGUGUAACGGCACAAGGCUGUGUAUAACAAAGAUGGCAGCGCAUGUACUCGAGGCUUCAAUAAUGGGCGGUAAAGGUUUGGGAAAUUUGGUUUACAUACCUCGAAUGGACAUGUCACCAUCCCAAUCACCAUGGCCAUUCAAACUGAAUAGGAGACAGUUCCCUAUUAUAGUUUCCUAUUCUACGACAAUCAACAAAUCACAGGGACAGUCAUUGGAUAACGUUGGUUUGUACUUACCAAGAGAUGUAUUCACACAUGGCCAGAUUUAUGUCGCAUUGUCAAGAGUCAGGGACAGUCAUUGGAUAACGUUGGUUUGUACUUACCAAGAGAUGUAUUCACACAUGGCCAGAUUUAUGUCGCAUUGUCAAGAGUAA